AUGGCUACCAGAACCUAUGCCGCCCUAAACCCUUGGAGGGCAUUGGCGAUCAAACAGCGGGUGCCUCCAUUGGUCGGCCUACGCACAUCAAAACGACUGUCGACGAGUGCUACCGAGGUAGAGGAGAGGCCUCUUUCGGGUGUCAAGGUUGUAGACCUGACCCGGAUUUUGGCCGGUCCUCUGGCCACUAUGAUGCUGUCCGAUCUAGGAGCGGAUGUCAUCAAGAUAGAAUCGCCCAAGAACGGCGAUGACACUCGCUCAUGGCUCCCGCCCUCGGCACCUAUACCUCUGAAAGACUAUCCUAGACCUGACUUGCCUCCGGAGUCUGCGUACUUUCUCCAAGCCAAUCGAAACAAGCGAUCGCUGACCCUAAACCUCAAGUCGAAAGAGGGAAAGAAGGUCAUCCACAAACUGAUUCAAGAGGCCGAUGUCUUGGUCGAGAAUUACGUGCCCGGAAAGCUGGAGAAAUUCGGCCUGUCAUACGAGCAAGUACGCGAAAUCAACCCCAAGAUCAUAUACUGUUCCAUCACCGGAUACGGCUCUACUGGGCCUUAUGCCAGUGCUCCUGGGUAUGACGUUGUUAUUGAGGCAGAGGCUGGGUUGAUGCACAUCACGGGAGAGAAGGGAGGCAAGCCGGUCAAGGUGGGCGUAGCGGUCACGGAUAUAUUGACCGGCCACUAUGCCCAGUCAGGUGUCCUGGCCGCAUUGAUCAAGAGAGGAAAGACGGGAAAAGGAUCUCGUGUGGAAGUCAGUCUGUUUGAAAGCCAGAUCGCUUCGCUUGUCAACAUAUCAUCAAACUAUCUCAUUGCUGGACAAGAAGCUGGCCGGUGGGGUACUUCGCACCCCUCUAUCGUACCGUAUCAAGUUUUCCCAACCAAAGACUCAUUUAUCAUGCUUGCUGGAGGCAACGACUCGCAAUUCGCGAUCCUGUGCUCACCGGAUGUUCUCGACAGACCCGAGUGGAUCAACGAUGAGCGAUUUGCUACAAAUCAAUCUAGAGUGGAGUAUAGGGAUACGAUGGUGAAGAAAUUGGGGGAAGUGCUGUCAGAGAAGACUACCGCCGAGUGGUGCGAGAAGCUCAAGGGAAAGGGGGUGCCAUUCGCCCCUAUCAACAACAUUGCCCAGACCUUUGCCCAUCCACAAGCUAUUGCUCGCAAGGUAGUCGAAGAAGUUGACCACCCACGGGCAGGAAAGAUCAAAUUAGCCGGGCCCGCCGUCUCUUACGAUGGAUCCAAAUUCAAACUCUAUCGUCCGCCCCCCUAUUUGGGUCAGCAUACGGAUGAAGUCUUACUUGAGCUGGGUUAUUCCCAGGAAGAGAUACGGCAGCUCAGAGAAGAUGGUGCUGUAUAA